UACCCGUUACCACGGUAACAGAAGCUCGGUCCGCUGCAGAGACGGUUGAGUUUGGACUGUUCUGGUUCCGAGAGGUCCAGUUGGAGAGAAAUAAAAAGAUGCUGCUCGGCGAGAGGAGGCCCAGAUGCCGGGAGUUCACCGGUCCGACGCCGCAUUCAGUGGCUGUGGUAGCCAAGCCGCCCCCGCUGAGGUCCAGAGACCACCUGAUCCGGCAGAACCAGAGACGGGAGGAGGCCCAGGACCAGGUCCGGGAGUUCAGCAGAGACCUGCAGAGCUGCAGCGUCAAGGCCUCCUGGCUGCAGAGCGGCGAGCGCCGCUUCGUCCAAGGAGACGUGGAGAGGCGGGUGCAGGCGGAGCUGCAGGAGCAGGAGGCCCACAUCACCGAGAGGAGGCGCAGGCUCAGGGAGCUGCUGGAGGCGGAGGAGGCGCAGCUCCUGCAGGAGCUGGAGGAGGUGAAGGAGACGGCGGUGGAGAGACAGGCCAGGAUGAGGGAGCGAGCUAAAGCCCUGAAGGAGAGGAGAGAGAGCGAGAGGCUGCAGCUGGUGGCAGAGAAACUGGACCAGCUGUUCAGGGAGCAAUGCGAGGAGCCGCGCAGGAUCCAGAGCCAGCGCCGCGAGCAGCAGGUGAGUCGGGACCGGGCCGCCCAGGUGAGGAGGCAGCAGGAGGAGCGGCGGCGGCUGCAGGAGGAGGAGCGGCUCUUCCACGAGCUGUGGGAGGCCGACCGGCGGGCCAAGGAGGAGCAGGAGGAGCGGCAGAGGCUGCAGCGGCAGCAGAGAGACGGGGAGCAGCAGCGGGGGCUGAAGGAGCAGAUGGAGGCGGCAGAGAGCAGGAGGCGGCAGGAGAAGGAGCUGCAGGAGGAGGAGGCCCGGCUGCUGCGGCAGCAGCAGCAGGUGCAGCUCCUGCAGCAGCAGCGGCAGCAGCAGCUGAAGCGGCAGCAGCAGCAGAACCGGCGCCGGCAGCUGGACCAGAACCUGCGGCUGAAGAUGAGGCGUCUGGCCCGCGAGCAGCAGGAGGAGCUGCAGCUGGACAUGAACCUCCUGCAGCAGAUGAGCCAGCAGGAGACGGAGCAGAGAGAGGAGGCGGCGCAGAGGAAGGUGGAGCUGCGGGAGGAGCAGCAGAGGUACCGGCAGUAUCUGGCCGAGGAGCUGCAGAAGCAGAGGAGAGAGGAGGAGGAGACGGAGCUGCUGCUGGAGGAGAAGCUGAAGGAGGCGUGGCUGAAGCGGGAGGAGCAGAGCCGGCUGAGGAGAGCGGCCAGAGACCGGCUGAUGGAGGAGGUGAUGGAGGCGCGCCGCCUUCAGAUCCAGAGCAAACUGGCUGCAAACCUGCAGAAACAGGAGGAGCUGCAGCAGGAGCAGGAGGAGCUGAGGAGAGCUGCAGAGGAGGCCGCUCUGCAGGAGGAGCAGGAGAGGAGGAGCCGCCGGCAGGCCGCAGCGGUGCAGCGGGCCGACCUGCAGGCUCAGAUGCAGCACCAGCAGCAGCUGCGCAGCGAGCAGCAGGCUCAGGUUCUCACAGAGCAUCACCACGGCCUGGUCCUGGAGCAGCUCUACAGCCGCAGGAAGCAGCAGGUCCUGGACCACAUGGACUCCAGCUGCCACCCUCUCAGCAGAGCGCUGAGGUCCGCAGACACCGACUGAGCCGCUCCACAACCUCCCCGUAACAAUAAAUCCUUUAACGAGUCCGUUCUGAGUCCAGCUGACUUCUACAGGUUCUGAUCUGCAACAUGUUUCAGUCUGCAGCGCAGAACAUCAGCGACCCGAAUGAUUUGCUCUCCAGCGCCAUUCAUCUGCAGCCUUUUAUGACUCCGUGGUUCUGCUGGUCCAUGAAGAUCUAAAUGUUCCUCCACCUCUCACUGCUGUGGGUUAGAUAUGAAACAGAACAUCUGGGUAGUUCUGAGCUUCAUUUAGGGUCAGUCAGCGGUUUGGUUCUGGAGAGAAAAUCAGAAAAUCAGGGCUGCAGCUCCCAGAGCAGCUCUGGCUGCUCCCUCAUCAGCGACACCAGGGUAUGGCAGUCAGGGAUUAUCCUGGGAUUAUCUGACCAGGCCCCGCCCUCACCUGCCCUCACCUGCCCCCAGUUUCCAUUGGCCUGGUCCCAUGUGCCUCUCUGCAGGCGGGCUCACAGGGG